CGAUUCUAGUCGUAAUGGCCGGUUCGGUUCAACUGUGUUGAUUUAUACGUUGGAAAAUAGCGUUACCAUUUUAUACACAUGUAUAAAUUUCUUAUAUAUAUUAAUUUAUGUUAAUUAACGUUUGUAAAGAAAAUGAUGCAUUUAACACCCUGCGUGUCGAUAUUGGUUUCUCUCUUGGCGACAUGUCACACAUGGGAGAUACCAGAUAGCUUUGCAAAAACUGAGCAUUCCAAUAAUUGGGCCGUUCUAGUCGACACGUCACGUUUCUGGUUUAAUUAUCGGCACGUCGCGAACGUUUUAUCUAUUUAUCGGAGUGUCAAGCGCUUGGGCAUACCAGACUCGCAAAUCAUUCUCAUGAUAGCCGACGAUAUGGCGUGUAAUCCUAGGAAUCCUAGACCAGCAACUGUCUUCAAUAAUAUCAAGCAACAUAUUAACGUUUACGGCGACGAUGUGGAAGUCGAUUACAGAGGCUACGAAGUGACGGUUGAAAAUUUUGUAAGAUUACUGACCGGUCGUUUAGCGCAAGAAACGCCCAGAUCAAAGAAACUCUUGACAGAUGAGGGUUCAAAUAUCCUGAUAUAUUUAACUGGCCACGGUGGUAAUGGGUUCUUGAAGUUCCAAGAUUCUGAGGAGAUCACAAGUCAAGAACUGGGAGAUGCCUUGGAGCAAAUGUGGCAGAAGCGGAGAUAUCAUGAGAUUUUGUUUGUAGUCGAUACUUGCCAAGCGAGUUCAAUGUAUGAGAAAUUUUACUCGCCAAAUAUCUUAGCGGUUGCCUCUAGCUUAGUAGGGGAAGAUUCUCUUUCUCAUCAUGUGGAUCCAGCAAUUGGUGUUUAUAUCAUAGACCGAUACACUUACUAUGCAUUAAAUUUCCUGGAAAAAGUGGAACCAUCCAGCACUAAAACAUUGGGUGAAUUUUUGAAAGUAUGCCCAAGAGAUUACUGCCUGUCUACAGUGGGUGUAAGAAGAGAUUUGUUCAAAAGGGAUCCAGAUAAAGUGCCAGUAACAGAUUUCUUUGGAUCACUUAGACCAGUAGAACUUACCACGAAUGUAGUCAAUGUUUUGCCUGUUAAGGUCAAUCGUACAAAAACUUGGGAACCAGAAAAGAAGUAUAGCUAUGUCGCACAAUUCCCUGCUGUAUCUCAGUAUACGUGAAUAAUAAGAAUAACCAAAAAGAAAAA